AUGGAAGAGCAUAACAGGGACUCGGCACUUUGCAAAGUUUGUGGAGACAAAGCGUCGGGAAAACAUUAUGGUGUGUCAAGCUGUGAUGGUUGUCGAGGCUUUUUUAAACGGUCAAUUCGCAGGUAUGCCAGAAAUUUAGAUUAUGUUUGCAAAGAAAACGGUCAAUGUAUUGUUGAUGUCUCAAGAAGAAAUCAAUGCCAAGCUUGUAGAUUUGCUAAAUGUCUUGAAGUGAACAUGAAACGAGAUGCUGUACAACAUGAAAGAGCACCGAGAAGUACAUCGUCGUUGGUUUCCGCCGCGAGAAGAGUACCCUCGGCGAUCUAUCCAGGAAUCUCUCAUGUCUAUCACACUGCAAGCAACCCCUACCAUCCGCUUUUAUAUCCAACGCUCUUUCCGUUCAAGCCUAGUGUACCAACUUUUAGUCCCGGUGUCGCACACUUUUUGCCACGACCUAUUGCAGAACCUUUAACUGUGGCUGCUGCUAAGGAAGACGAAGUUACAAGUUCAGAAGAAGCGAGAACUGUCGUUCAAAGAUGCGAACAAAAAGACCAUAUGAAUGUACCUACAAUACCACCUUCAAUAUCGAAUCCAUCAUUAUCGGACUAUGGAAUUUCUAAUCAGUCAUUGUUGUUGACAGAAAAUGUUUAUGAAUCAGCAGCAAGAUUACUUUUUUUAGCUGUAAAAUGGGCAAGAAGUAUUCCGUCUUUUUUAGAAUUAUCAUAUAGGGAUCAAGCAAUUUUAUUAGAAGAAUCGUGGAGCGAAUUAUUCGUUCUUACAGCUGCACAGUGGAAUUUUUCCAUCGACGAAUCAAUAUUAGUACCAUUGAUUCUUCCAACAGAGAGAAAGCAAAUUCUUGCAGAUGAAUUAAGACGACUUCGUGAAUUAUUAACGCGUUUUACAAUUUUACGCGUUGAUCAUUCAGAGUAUGCAUGCUUGAAAGCAAUAGCUCUCUUUAAAGGAGAAUCUCGAGGACUUGGUGACGCAGCUAGGGUAUUGACUCUUCAGGAACAGACGGUAACAGUUUUGGGAGAGCGAGGCGCCGGUAGGGUUGGUCGUUUGCUGUUAUUAUUAUCCCCUGUGCGUGCACUUUGUCGGGGAACGUUAGAAGAACUUUUAUUCAAACCAACAGUUGGUGAAGUCAGUGUUGAAAGGUUACUUGGUGACAUGGUUCGUGCCACAAGAUCUACUUAA